AUGAAAGCCAACAAGAGCCCCGUUCUUGCUCUUGCACUUGUCACGGGUGCUCUCGGCCACGUCGCCGUCCCCCGUCAAAUAGUGCACAGUAGCGCAGCUCAAGUCGAUGGGACGUGCAAGAAACCCGCCUGCAACAGCGAUGCAGACUGCCAGAACCAUUCGUCUUCCGAGGUUCGGGGAGUGAACGGAGCAACGUGCGGGCGAUGCGAAAACCCCGACGAGGACUCUAGCAUGAGGUGGAGCGACGACGUCUUGCAGCAUAUCUACGACCACAGGACGUACGUUUGGGACGGGAACAGAACCACGUUCGUCGACGACAAGACCAAGGCGGAUGCAAAGGGGCAGGGGUUCUGCCUUGGGACGUGA